AUGGUUCCUCGUUCUCUGUUCUCCCCUGCCCUUUCACAGCCUUGGCCCAACGAGGCAGAGAGAGCUGCAGUGCUGGCUGAAAAACACGCGAGGGGAGGCGCAGCUCGCACCGUUCGCAAGGUAUGCGUUCGAGUGGACAGGUAUGCAGCUUCCUCAAUGGUUCCUCGUUCUCUGUUCUCCCCUGCCCUUUCACAGCCUUGGCCCAACGAGGCAGAGAGAGCUGCAGUGCUGGCUGAAAAACAUGCGAGGGGAGGCGCAGCUCGCAAUGUUCGCAACGUGCGCAAGGAGAGGGCUCGGGUGGAGAGGCGCGCAGCAGCACGGAAAGCAGCAGGCGAGGCAGCAGUGGAAGCUGCCGCGAAGGCGCUGCAAGGGCUGAUGAUAGGAGGGCUGGUAGGUGCAGGGCGUGGGAGCGAAGGGCGGGCAGUGGAGGCGCGUGAACGGGCAGUGGAACAUGCAGUGGGGAAACCAGGUGCUGUUGAGAAUGAUGCAGCUGCAGGGAGUUUGGAACGGGCAGCUGAAGAGGCGAGAGCAGCUGAAGAGGCGAGAGCAGCUGAAGAGGCGAGAGCAGCUGAAGAGGCGAGAGCAGCUGAAGAGGCGAGAGCAGCUGAAGAGGCGAGAGCAGCUGAAGAGGCGAGAGCAGCUGAAGAGGCGAGAGCAGCUGAAGAGGCGAGAGCAGCUGAAGAGGCGAGAGCAGCUGAAGAGGCGAGAGCAGCUGAAGAGGCGAGAGCAGCUGAAGAGGCGAGAGCAGCUGAAGAGGCGAGAGCAGCUGAAGCGGAGAGAGCAGCUGAAGCGGAGAGAGCAGCUGAAGCGGAGAGAGCAGCUGAAGCGGAGAGAGCAGCUGAAGCGGAGAGAGCAGCUGAAGCGGAGAGAGCAGCUGAAGCGGAGGGAGCAGCUGAAGCAGCAGCAGCAGCGAUGCAACAACUGGCGAUACGAGGAGGAGUGGGUGGUGCAGCUGGGGUGACUAGGACGAAAGAUAUGGCGGUGGAGACGUAUGGGGGCUGCUCACCCGGAGUGAUGGAGUUUCACCGCCUCUGCGCCAACCUUGGGGCCAAGCGGCUGUACAACGCUGGGCGGGGUUUACGGGUGGAAGAGAAGCUCUACCACUCCUACCGGCAGCGCUUUUCCGUCGCACUGCAGCGCGCUGUAGCAAACGCGCUCAUGGCCCAAGCAGGCCUCAUGGCCUGUGGGGCAUGCGGCGGUUUUGAGGCAUGUGAUACGACGGCUUUUGAGGCCAAGGCAGCCCAUUCAGCCUACGAGGAGGAGCCUCUUAGCCUCGGGGAUCUCAUGCAAGUGAUCGAGCCGUGGUAUUAG